CAGUCGCUGCCAGUUUCUCCGCUGCAACACGUCAGCUACUGGGAGACGUGCGAUUGAGUGAAAAGUUGCUGAAAUGGCCAAAUCGAAGCGGAAAUUCAAAUUGAAACUUUGGAUCAAAAUUAUUCAGCGAGUGGCGGCUCUUGUGGGACGAUCCCUUCCAACCCGAUUCUACACCGUUUACAAUGGCGUCGGCUUCGUUGCCAUGUGCUACUUGGUAGUCACGGCCAUCAGCAAAUCACGAUCGGAUAACAGCAGCAGCAGCACUGAUGUCAUUCAUUCCAAUCACGUUAUUGCUCAGAGCGAAGAAGGAAUCCGGCAACUGGAUCCAUUGAUUGUGAAAGAGGAAUCGGAUAAUUCAGCACUUAAGACGAUUUUGUUCUGGACUCCGUACUACAACCGGACAGAUUUCACAGUCGGAUUGGGACAGGAUCCGUUCAUCAAAUUCGGAUGCAAAGUGACCAAUUGCAUUGCAACUGCCGAUCGGAAACUUCUCAAUCAAAGCGACGCCGUCAUCUUUCACGCGCUGCAGGUGAAUAGUCGAGACCUUCCGGCUCAUCGGCAUCCGCACCAGCGCUUCAUUUUCUUCCUGUACGAGACGAUUCCCAACACGUCCGUCCCUUGCGUCGGGAAAUGUUUGCCCUCGAGCCAAUACACUCCGCAUUAUUUCAACUGGACGAUGACACACCGGAGGGACUCGGACGUUUACGUGGCCGAACCUUACGGCGCCAUUGCCCCCAAAUAUUGGACCCUUCCCGCCCAGUUGCCGGAUGAAUUGCCGCCCGACACUCUUCCGGCCAAUCCGGCCGUCCUGCUGAACCGGAAGUAUCCGCAUUUGGCCAACCGGACCAAGAUGGUGGCCUGGUUCGCCUCCCACUGCCCGACGCACAGCCAACGCGAAGAUUACGUCAAGGAAUUGGCCAAUUUCGUCCAGGUGGACAUUUACGGCAAAUGCGGAACGAUGGAAUGUCUUCCGCGCAACAGCCACCGCUGCGAGAGUUUGCUGGACGAUUACAAAUUCUAUUUGGCGGCCGAGAAUUCCCUGUGUCCGGAUUACAUCAGCGAGAAAUUCUACCGGGCCUUGACCAACGACAUUGUGCCCAUCGUCUACGGCGGUGCGGAUUACACGGACUACGCCCCUCCGCACUCGUUCAUCAACAUGGCCGAUUUCGCCUCGCCCAAAGACUUGGCGGCCUAUUUGAAGCUGCUGGCCAGCAACGAGGCCCUGUACGUGGAAUAUUUCCAGUGGAAGAAACACUACGCCGUCGUCCGCUCGCCCAAAAAGGGAUGGUGCGACCUGUGCGCCAAACUCAACGAUCCAAAUUCCCAAUCGCAAAUCAAAAGUUACGAGGAUGUGGCCGAGUGGUGGGUCCGCAAAUUGCCCUGCUAUCCAGGCUCGUCUUUCCUUGCGGGCCACACUUCGAUACCAUCUAGUUGAGCCGAUAUUCGACAAGAAAAUAUUUAAAAAUGACCGUCGUGAAACUAUUCACCUUCUCCUCUAUAUUGAAAUAAAAAUGAGUUACGCUAAAGAGUAAAGACGAA